CAAUAUCACGUGACUCAUCACAUUUCCCCAGUAACAUCACGAAAACUCACCAUCUCCAUGCGCCUACGACCAAGAUCAAAUAUCAGCCAACCAAACAACAAACCCCCAAUCCCACUUCCUCCAGAUCACAACAGAAACUCCUCCAUAUCCCACGCCUCAAACCCCAACCAUGGCGCCCGCACUUCUCCAAACCAUCCCCCUAGAACAUCUCCCCGAAUCGCACACCCUCCACAUCGCCUUAUACCGCAACAUCACCAACGCCUCUUUCCUCCACCAACAACUUCUUACCGGAAAUACAGAUUUCGAAUAUGCCUUUAUCGAUGCGAGCGUUGUACUUUCGAAAUUACAUAUUUUAGCAGCAGCGUAUAGAGCAAUAAAUGAUGCAUUAGAAGAAAGAUUAAAAAGUCGAAAUAUUCAUUCGGAGAUUGUUUUCUCACUGAGUAUGAAUAAUAAUAUCGCAGAAUCUUUCCGUCGCUUCGGUAUAACCCCAACCACCACUUCUCUCCUCGUCGUCAAGGUAGCACCCGCAUCCUCCGCAUCUCAAAUCUCGGAACAUCUUUCGUCGGUAAUUGAAGGCGAACCUGUUCCAUUUGAUGAUGAGUCUUUAGCGAGUAUGGUGGAUAUUGCGAGAGUGAAGAAACUUUAUAAGUUGAAUGUCACUGGCGGUGGCGGUGGUAAGAAAGGUGGUGCGAAUGGUGUGAAUGGGAAAGUCGAGAGCAAAGCGGAUGAGAGGAAAGAAUUAGAGGUCAUGGUUCUGGGGGCGAUGGCGCUGAGGGGUGCUACCAAUUAGCGAAGUUGGUUAAUUAAUGAAAUUGUGUUGUUAUUGUAGUAUGAAGAGUUGCGCAUUCAGGAUUCAUUGAGCCACCAGUGUGUCUUCUUUAUUUUUUGAUUUAGAUGAUUUAACCGUAAAGUCGUGUGUGGAAUAUCGAGCAUUGUCGCUACAAGUCCUGUGCCUUUGGCCACGCCUAGAGUUGCAACGGUCGGGAUAGAAAGUGUUAACCCAAAAAAGAAAGAAAGAGAAACGGCUGUUUAGAAGUUGCAAACGAGAAA